AUGCCGAGAUCGUUAUGCGGAAAUUUGUUAUACUGUUUGUCAUCAAGCCGUCUAUUGAUUUUGAGGUUCAAAAGCGGUAUUCCAUCACUAGAAGAGCUUAAGAAGUUGGAAAGUGACUAUCAUCCAUCAACACAUACAAUUUUUGGAAGUAGACGAAAAGAUUCAAUGCAUUACACUAAUCGAAAAGUUGGCGUCGGUUAUUGGCACUUUUCGAACAAUAUUUAUCCUAUACGACUGAAGUUUCAUCCAAAAAUAGCGAAAUGGAUGAAGUUAAAUUUCUUCAUACUGUUUUCAGUAUUUCUUGGUUUGUGCAUCGAUUUCAGCUGGGUUGGUCAUCAGAUCAAGAAGAUUACUACAAAUUUUCGCCCAGAAGCUGCUGAUCCUAAUUUGAAAGAUAAUGAAAAUUUUGAUCAAACUGUUGUUCACAGUGUAGACACUAAUAAUAGAAAGAAAAAAAAAAGACUAAGCUUUCGGGAGAAGCGAAUUAUUGAAUAUGAAAAUCGAGUCAGAGCAUAUUCUGCACCGGAUAAAAUUUUCCGAUAUUUCGCUACUUUAAAAAUAGCGAAAGACGGAUCUUCUCGUACAUUCGACAUUUAUAUGACGCCUAAAGAUUUCGUUCGCUCACUGACUCCAGGAAUAAUCCAACCGCAUGGAUUAGAACUUGACAGAUUCAUGUACUAUGAUCCACAUAAGAAUGCACAAAAUUUUGCUAACCCUAAUAGUGUAUUUGCAAAAUUAAAUGAAUAUGGAUUGAUAAGUUUUGGCGACUACUUAUUUUUGAUGACUAUGUUUUCAAUAUCUUCAUGUGAUUUCGUGCUGGCUUUCCGUAUAUUUGGUGAGAAUAAUAAAGAAGAACUUAAUAAAACCGAGUUUGAAAAAUUGCAAGAAUUAGCCUUGACUUAUACAAAUGUAGGUCAACGCCAUCGUGAUAAUGCAUCAGUCGGUCUGUAUGCUAACAAAGAUAUCAGUCCUGCACUUUCAUAUUUCUUUUUUGGCGCCGAUGGGAAGCAAAAGUUGUCGAUAAAAAAAUUUAUCGAUUUUCAAAUUUGUUUAUAUAAGGAUGUAUUGGAAAUUGAACUUGAAUUAAAAGAUGAAGAAUCUUUGCGAUCAGGAGUCAUAUCAUACAUAUCCUUUGCUGAUUUGCUUCUUGUAUACGCUGGUGUUUCUGGAGCUAAAAAAAGGAAGAUGUUACAUCGUGUAAAAAAGAAAAUCAAAUCAGAAAAAAGAUUGGAUGGCAUCAAAGUUGAUGAAAUUGAAUCGUUUUUCGGCUUUUUGUAUUCGAUUGAAGAUGUUGAUCUGGCUUUACAUUUCUUUAAUGUAGCUGAAGUUGGUAUUACUGAUGAAAUUUUGAAAUCUGUGUCGAAGAAAAUUGUUGGAAAAGAGUUACCUGAAAAUGUUAUUGAUGUUGUCAUUACUCUUUUUGAUGAAGAUGAGGAUGGAGCAUUAUCACGGGAUGAAUUCAUCACAGUAAUGAAGAAACGUCUUAAACGUGGUUUAGAAAAGCCAAAAGAUACUGGUUUUAUAAAAUUAUUCGACGCUGUUGGGAAGUGUUGCAUGAAUACAGUUAAGGAUUCGCUAGAUAUCACUUAA